AAUCGGAAGGACAAGCGGUAAUCUAACUCGAUGAGUGCUCCAUGAGUGGCACAAAGAAGCUACGCCUCUAUUAUCCCGUCACUCUUUAGAUUGAGUCCUUUUGAGUCACUUCGCAAGUUGCACCUUCUUCAGUCUUCAAUCGCGGUGAAUAUUCCUUCACCAAGGCUGCCGGAAGGAUGGUCAGUACAGCGGUGCCUAUGCUACUGCUCCUGACCACUGCGUCGUGUUGCUUCGCCGCUGAUAUUGUAAAAGACACACGGCUCGGCCGAAUCAAAGGCAACAGGCUUGAAGUGCUCGGUCAUGCAGUGGACGAGUUCCGCGGAAUACCGUACGCACAGCCACCCUUAGGUGCGCUACGUUUCAAGCCGCCACAGCCAGGUGGACCUUGGAAGGGUACACUCGAUGCCAGGAACAAAAGGACCGCGUGUCCUCAGGUCAUCUCUAAUCCCAAAGCCUUUGCUAACAUCACGCUCACGGAAGACUGUCUGCACCUCAAUAUAUGGAGCCCCCCAGAGCGUUCCCAAAGCGUCGUUCCGGUACUCGCUUGGAUCCACGGUGGCGGCUUUACGCAUGGUUCAUCCGGCCAGGAUGCAAGCAAUGGUGCUGUUCUAGCGGCAAGCACAGGUCUUGUCGUCGUCAGCUUCAACUAUAGACUCGGCUUCUUGGGCUUCUUAGACACGCAGACGACUGAGGCACCGGGCAACGUCGGUCUCCUAGAUCAAAACAUUGCCCUCAGGUGGAUCAGGAAAAAUAUUGACGAAUACGGUGGUGAUGCUUCGAAAGUCACCAUCUUCGGUGACAGUGCUGGUGGUAUGAGUGUCCACGGGCACGUAAUCUCGCCGAUUAGCAAAGGUCUCUUCAUUAGGGCAUGUCUAAUGAGCGGGACUCUUCAUGGCCGCGACUUUACUGAGACGGCGAAUGACAGCAUAAGCAAGGGAAACGCUGUCGCUGCAGCAGUGGGCUGCGCUGACCACCACAAGAACUUGACCACUGACCCCGAAUCUGUUGUUGAGUGCCUCCGCUCGAAAAAUGCUUUUGAACUCAUACGAGCCACAAAUUACGUAUUCAAGCGCAAGUUUUUUCCUUUCCUACCUACGUUCCCCAAUAACUUCCUUCCAGUGGAUCCGAGCGCCGCAGCGAAACAGGGAUUUUUCAAUGCAGUCGACCUAUUGAUCGGAGUCACUGCUGAUGAGGGGGCAACAGCCCUGCGAUCGCUUCCGAACGAUAUUAGCCGCCUCAACCGAAAACGAUUGGAGCGCUUGCUUCGAACUGCUGUCUUCGCCUGGCUCAGGACGGACUUCUCCAAACCGUUGGACGUGUACAAAGCUGAGGCACCUGACAAUGUGGCGCUGAGGCGAGCGUACGCAGACUACUUAUCCGACUCCGUAUUCGUGUGCCCCAUGCACUUCACAGCUGAGGAUUACUCGAACAGAAACGAGUCUGUGUACACCUACGUGUUUGGUCAUCUGUCUCGUAAGAUGGCGCUUCCUUCGUGGAUGGGGACACCCCAUAGUUAUGAUGUUAGCUACAUGUUUGGUGAGCCACUUGUUGACCAACAGAGUUAUACGGCCCAAGAUGCCCACGUGUCUCGAGUGGAUAUGACAGCUUUGUCAACCUUCGCUACCACUGGGGUCCCUCAGCUUCCAGCAGGGCACCAGUGGCCGAAGUACACUUAUGACAACCGGGUCUCAGUUUACAUCGCUGGUGACAACAUAACAGAUGUCUACGGCAUUCACAUGAAGAAGUGCGACAUCUGGAAGGCAUUCUGGAAAAUGUAAAAAAGAUUUCGUAAUUUACAAUGCCUUCGAAAUAUUAUGCCUGCUGUUGCAAAAUAUUGGAUUUUUUUUCAUGCUAAAAAGUACAUAUUUGACAAGCGAAAGCGCUAACCGAGGAUAGAUGGCUGAUAACAAUCAGAGGAUCUUAACAAAGGCGCUAAUCCUUUUUGCUUUGUCGUCGUCUGUGAGGAUGAAGCGAAAAGGAUCAGCGCCUUUGUAGGGGCUCUCUGUUUUUUGUGAGCCUGCAGUCGUCCGUAAGCGCUACUGCUUGUAAAAUAUGAACUUGCUCUAACUCGCUCAAGUUUCUCUACUAUGAGAAGUUCAAUAAAGUUGCAUAUUUUCAGCAUUUAAA